AAAACCCUACCCCCAACUGAAAGUUCAGUGACUCUGUAACUGACGUCAAGCUUUCUUGCUCGCUCAUGGCGGCUCAGGUAGCGAUCCUCGCACGCACCAAAAAACUAAUCCAAGCUCUAUACCCCGCCAAGUCCAUCUCCACCUUCACAUUCCUCUCCCAAGAGCCACAACUCGUGGAGGCGAGUAUCCCUGAUUCACAGCCCUCUCCCUCUCCUUUACCUCCGAACCCUGCGACGGGUAGCCCCCUUUACAAUGAGAACUGGAGGAACGCCUCUCCAAACAACCCGUCUCUGGCCCAAACUCUGGUCCCUUUGGGGUUUCUCAAUCAAACACCCGCCUCUCGUCUACAUGCUCUUUCGAGCUCUCUAGAUGUGCAAGCUAUGAUGAAUUUGUUUGCUGAUUGGAUGACACAGCAGCGGUGGCCGGAUAUGCAGCAGCUGUUUGAGUAUUGGACACGGUCGCUGGACAAGAAUGGGAAGCCGAACAAACCUGACGUUAACUUGUAUAAUCAUUAUCUGAGGGCCAAUUUGAUGAUUGGUGCGCCUGCAGCGGAUCUGUUGGAUUUGGUGGCGCAGAUGGAAGAAUUUGCUAUCACACCUAACACGGCUUCUUUUAAUUUUGUAUUGAAAGCCAUGUGUCGGGACAGGGAGACCCAGGCUGCUGAGAAGUUGCUCGAAAGGAUGUUGCAGGCAGAAAAAGAAUCUCUACCCGAUUUUGAGUCCUUUAACUUGGUUGUGGAAAUUCUGUUUGAGACAGACCAGAUUGAUGCGGCUUUAAAAUAUAUAGAUAUGGUUCUCAAAUCUGGUUAUAUGUUGUCUAUCAAUGUAUUUCAUUUAUGUGUGAGACGCUGUCUCAACCAGGGCAGACUGGAUACAUUGGUGUCCAUCAUUGAGAAGUGUAAGACAAUGGAUCAAAACAAAGCUCUCUGCCCAUCUUGGCCCACGUGCAGCGAUAUAGCUGAUGCUGCAAUGCAGGCUGAUAACAGCAAAUUGGCAUUUUAUGCCCUGGAAUUUAUGGCAAUAUGGAUUGCACGGGGUGAGAAUGCAAGGCCCCCCCUUAUGCUCUCUAUUGAUGAAGGAAUGGUUGUGUCUGCACUGGGGACUGCAGGUAGGACCUACAAUUCCACUCUCUUAGAUGCAUCAUGGGCAAUUUUGAGACGCUCAUUGCGUCAAAAAAAGGCCCCUAAUGCAGAGUCUUUUCUUGGGAAGAUUUAUGCCCAUGCAUCAUUGGGGAAUCUUCAGAGAGCGUUUAGUACUCUGCACGAGCUUGAGACUGCCCAUGGAAACUCCAACAAAGAAGCAGAAGAUGUGUUCUGUCCAUUCACAUCCUUGUAUCCAUUGGUUGUGGCAUGUUCCAAGAAAGGCUUUGAGACUUUGGACUCAGUGUAUUAUCAGCUGGAGACUUUGAGUCGUGGAGAUCCUCCUUACAAGUCUGUUGCUGCUCUAAAUUGUAUAGUUUUGGGUUGUGCAAAUAUAUGGGACCUUGACCGAGCCUACCAAACUUUUGACGCUAUUAGUUCUUCGUUUGGAUUGACUCCUGAUAUUCAUUCGUAUAAUUGUCUGAUGUCUGCCUUUGGAAGGCUCAAGAAGACAUUUGAAGCUUCGAGGGUGUUUGAGCACUUAGUAAGUAAGGGUGUCAAACCCAAUGCCAUGACAUUUACAUUGCUCGUUGAUGCUCAUCUCAUCGACCGAGAUGCAAAAGCUGCCCUCUCUGUGAUUGACGAGAUGGUAACUGCUGGAUUUGAACCUAGCAAAGAAACGCUGAAAAAAGUCAGAAGACGUUGUAUACGGGAGAUGGAUUAUGAAAGUAAUGACAAAGUAGAUUCGCUUGCUCGAAGGUUUAAGAUUCGAAUGGGGACAGAGACUCGCAGGGAUAUGCUGUUUAAUCUUCCGUCCACUACUGAAUAUGCUUCAUAGGAUCUGUGUGUAAUUGCUCUUGGAAUGUUGGCCCUCAUUUUUGGGUUUCACCAGUUCGCAUACCGUCCUACUUUGUUUUCCCUGGAGAGUUUUUCCAUGAUUGUACAUUAUACGAUAUGACUCAAUUUUGAGUAUUGGCAGGAUAGGUCUUUGACUCAUCAUGUCCUACAGCCCUUUUUCCCCAUUCUUGGUAUUCUUUUAAAAUGUAUUCUCUGUUGUUCUUCGAGGGAAACUGAAGCAGUGAAUUGUUACUCCAAAAUAUUUUUAGAUUUAGAUGAUGAUGAUGAAUAAAUGUAGGAUAUUGCAUUCGAAAAAAGAGAGAAGAAAAGACAAUUGGAUCAAUUUAAUUAUUGAUAAAAAAGAAUGUACAUUGCCAGGUUAAUGACCGUUGAUUCUGAGUUA